CUCGCGUUCUCGUGUGCGCCACCUUGAAAGGUUGAUUUUUUUUCGAUAAAUUUGUCUUCUUCCCCUACCAUCCCUUUUCUCUUUCUUUCUCUCUCCCUCUUGAUAUUUUUCUCUUUCCUUCUCUUUCUUUCUAUCUCUCUUUUUUGCAUACUCUAAACGUUUUUUAAGCCACGAACGAACAUUUAGCCUUGGCUCGAACGGAACAUUACAUGCACAAUUUAACUGCUAACGCAAUUUUAUUCGUUCGAAUAAACGAAUUAAUUGAUAUAUCUCGUUCGUUUAAAUAAAGUUCAAAAAAAGAAGAAAGAGCCAAUCGAUCUUAUUUCUAAUGUGACACUACAUUACAUAGACAAUGUAAUAUUGUUCAAAUAUAUCUGCUAUGACGAUAAAAAGGUGCAGCAGGGUGUCAUAUUGAUCACACUUGUUCAGUUGUUCUCUGUGCAUAUGUCACUUGAUGUUUAUAAAAGUAAAGAGAAAAAAGAUAUUCCUUGUUUGAUCGAUGAGAUGAGCCCGGCAUUAUUAUGGAUAUAUAGAUAUAGCGAACAGAAAAAAGGGAAUUGACAAGAGUAGACUGGGAAGAUGAAUAAUGAUUUUCGACAAUCGUAAAGAGAAGACAACGAAUUGACCGGCUACUGUCUACAUAUACCGGCGCGCAUUUGACAGAGUGCAAUUCUGUCAUUGAAGUUUCUCUCUCUCUCUCUCUCUCUCUCUCUCUCUCAUUCUAUCUUUCACGUAGUCUUCCUUCUUAUUGGUCUCUCUCUCUUUCUCUUUCUAUCAACUCUCCGUGCAUAGGAGAGAUGCGGAUAACCUCUAAUGGAGGAAACGCGGGUAUCCAAGAACCGAUCGACGUACUGUGAAAUGGUCUGCCCUUCGGCAGAGGAAUUAAGUGUUAUAAAAAAUAGCAUAUGCUGUGAGCAAUGCGGUUUAUUAUUCCGAAACGAGCCACGAUAUCGACUGCACAACCUGAAGGUACACCAGAGAAAAAAAUUAGGAAAGACCACAAAGGAAAACGUUCGUUAUCACUGCCCGGUAGAAACUUGUGUUUAUGCGCCAGAAUCGGAAAGAUAUUUUACGACGAUGAAAUAUCUGAAGCAGCAUUAUCUGAAGGUGCAUGCAGAGAAGACUUUCGCGUGUACACGUUGUGCUAAAAGUUUCUCGACCGAAGCUGCGAAGGAAGGACACAUGAGGAUAUGUGGCAUAGAAUUUUCCUGUUAUUGCUCAAAAACUUACAGCACUUACGAGGCACUUCUUACCCAUGCUAAAAGAUCAUUGCAUACUAUAGACAAUAAAUAUAAAAGUUCUUUGAGACGAACCAACUCAAAAAUGACCCGUAAUAUCUCUUUGUCUCCUACUGUCAUAUCUACGGUAAAUAAGCCUGUUAAUAUUUUACCAAGUCAAAAUAAUAAGGAAGGAAGUAAUUCUAAUGUUAAUGUAACCGAAAAGAUUACUGUUAAUAUUGGUGUACAAACAGAUGAGUGUAAGAAGUAUAAGAGAGCAUCAAGUCCGUUGAAACAGGUAACCAAUAAUAAUGGAACCAGUGGAAAGCGAAAAGUAUCUAGACAAACGCAAACGGUCCGAUUACAAGAUGAAAAACAUGGUGGUAGAUCAACGGAGACUCAAACUACAGAUGCUAGAUUCAUUGGAAAGGAACCGCUUAAAGUUAGAAAACGUAGAAAGAGUAAUUCAAUAUCGAAAAAGCCAGAAUCUUCACUGCUCAAAGAAGAUAUCAAUUUGGAAGAUAAUUUUACUUCUUCCAAUUUAUUUCCUGCUAGUCCUUUGCCAUUAAGACAUGAUGUAGGCUUACAAGACUUUUGGGAAGAAAAAAACAAUUCUGGUACACAAACGAUACCGGAAAAAGAUAUGUUUGAAGCAUUACAUGAUAAUGUUUCUCAAACAGAUUUAGAAACUUUUUACAGUCAUAGUAGCAGUUCGCUGAUACAAUGCUUACCCAAGAGCACAGUAGCAUUAAUGACAUUACCUUAUACAGAAGAUUCCACUGUUGUUCAAGAAUAUUCGUUUUCCUCUACAAAUAAUAUAUCAAGGUCAGAUCCAAUGUUAACUGAAAAAACGUUCCAUGACAAAUUCAGUAGUAUAGAGACUCAAACUGAACAAGGAUAUUCUCAGACGUUUUUUGACUCUGACGCUUUAUCUAGAACUUUUGCUUUGAGUUCUACCAUCGAAACUCAAACAACAGAUAAUUUUGAUAAUAUGGAACAAUUGUUCUAUAACAAUACUUACACUCAAACUUCUGAUGAAAUGAUAUCAUCCGACCUAGUGUUAACUAAUAUUCAAACUCAAACUGCUUGGACACAAUUGGACGAUACAACAGUCUCUGCUGAAACUCAAACUAAAUCAUUGAUUUGUGAAACAGGUUGCAACAUCUCAAUGGGUGCUUGUCGUUCAUGGCUAAAUGCGCAAACAAGUCAUACUGAAACACAAACUGAUUUACUUAGCAUAUUUGAAGGACUUCAGUAAUAGCAAAAUAUAUUAAGAAUCGUUCGUAAUACUUACAUAUACCAAUACUUACGUUUUGUUUGUCGUUUUGUAAGUAAGAACUUGCCUAUUCCUUCGAAACUGCGUUUUGUUGGAUCGUUAACUAUUUUUCGAAACGUUAUGUGAUAAUUCAUAGCAUUUUAUACAACGAACACUGCCAUAUAUAUGAUAAUAAUUUACUUAAGAUAUAAUUCUGUUUAUUGGUAUCCAAAUUUGUGUAGUAUAUGCACUUUGUUUUUCUUUUUUUUUUUUAUUGUCAAAAUAAAAUCAUCUGCCUUUAGUGUAAAAAAUGAUUUUGCAAAGUUGUAAGGCUGCAGAGGUGCAAUACACGCAUUGAUCUUAGGAUUCCAGUAGUUUACUAUAUUUUCUUUUAACUUAAAUUCAAAGCAAUUGCACAAUGAUAUGAUGCUCUAUUUGAUAGCAUUAGCGAUCAUAAUUGUUACUGAAAUCCUCUUGGAUUGACGUGUAUUUAUUAAACAAUAUUCAUAAAAAUUGCGUUGCAUGAUUCAACGUAUGUAUCGAUGAGGUACGUACGUUAUACUGUCAUUUUGGUCGUACUCAAAAAUAUGUAUAUGAAAAAUAUAAUACCUGUUUGCUUAUCCCUUAA